AUGCCGGUGACCGUGUCUCCAUUGUUCUGGGAAUGGUUCAAUAUUUGGCUAAUACAAUUUUUGAAGAAUUUAUAUUAUGAAAUUAAGAUGGUCGCUCUGAGAGGUGGUAACAGUUCGUUGAGCACUGUGACGCACGGCUGCGGGAUUCACGGUGGACAACAAAAUGCCCUAGAUUUGACACAUCGUUUACAAACAUCGCUUGGAAUGCAACUCGGGACUGCGUCGCAUGCGGUUGGCCAUCACACUAGCCAUUUAAAUCACGCCAGCCAUGGCAAUCACUCGAACCACGGCAGCCAUACGAACCACGGCCACGGAAACCAGCUGAACAUACCAUCGCUGAGUAGCGUAUCGGUGCUGAUGCCGCAACAGAAUGCAGCCUCGCUCAAGCACGAGCAGAACACGCGCUAUUCUAGUUCCAACUGCAUGCUGCAAUCGCACCACUACAGACGGUUGACGCAAUCUAUGUUAUUAGAUCAUUACAACAACAUAACGCAAGUGCCCGCUUCAGGACCGGAAUGUUACCAUCCGUCGACGGGUAACGGAGCAUAUAUGUCCACCCAGACUCAGAACAUGCGAGGUCAGCCCUCACAGCCGUCAGCACCGCCGGCUCCUCAGCAGGACAUGUCCAAGACAACCAUGGCUGGUUCCACGUACGUGUCACCUCAAACCCAAACACCGCCGUCGCGGCCCCAGUAUCCAAACUUCCCCUACAGAGCUUCCCAACACGCCAACAGGCCUAAUUCGCACCCUAGACAACAACAGCAGUAUAUGGGAAGCGCGGGUGCAACAACGGCUGGUCCCGUUAUGUAUCACCACGCUUUAGUGUUCCCGCCAACACACAUGGGCAUCCCACAAAGCUACCCGCAGCCGCGUUCCAGUACACCUGGAAAGUCACAAUAUAUGGAUCACGGGUAUUACCAAUACGUGGCGCCUUAUAUAAGUUACACCACUCCCGCCGGUCACACACCACCCUAUUAUUAUCCAUCCAACGGGCAGCAGUUGGCGGCAGGCAGUGUCGGUGGUAGCGGUGGUCGCACCAACCCCGGUUCGUUAGUGCCGCCGCAAGGUGCCGCGCCUGCCGCUCCCUCGCUGCAGCACCCGCAGCAACAACCCCUCCUACACGCGACCAUUCCCGGUACACAAACAAACAUAUACAACAGUAUACGUACGGUCCCUCCAAAACGUACAUCCCAUAGACUUGCAAUUAUUAACCCCUUAACAAAACAAGAUAUAUUUUCGGAACAAUGUAAUAAUGAUAGCCAAUUUAUUAGUGGUGAUUCAAGUGAUCGGCAAACUCCUCAACCAGAACAGCAGCCAACACAUAGUGCCGCUGAGGAGUUUCUAAGAAUGGUUAAUGAAGUAGCGAAUCAGCCGUCAGCUAGUGAAAGUGCUAGUAAAUCGAACUUUGUUUCUAAGAAUGUCGAAGUGCCUGCCACAAACGCAAGCUCCAAUCAACCUCAUACAAAUGCAAUAAGUACUAUUAAUAGUAAUAAUAUAAAGUCUGAAAUAUUAAUUGUUAAUGAAAGUAAAAAUGUAGGAUCUGAAAUUAUAGAGUCCAACGAAACGCCGGUUGUAUCGGCAAUAUCGGAUAGUCCCGUUGUAGUGCCUAAAAUGACUGUGAAUACUAAGCAACUCCAAAAGAAUAGUGAACAGAAUCUGCCUUUAACCAUAGAUAAUAGUAAGAUUAUACCGAAUAGUAAACCACAAAAACAAAACAAGAUCAAACCAGUUGUGCCUCAAGAUGAAAUAGAAAAGCAAUCAGAUAUAGUGAAUUCUAUAGUUCCUCAAAGCGUUCAAAGUAUUAUACAAGCGCCUUCUGAAGCGGUUAAUUCCGUUUCACCUCCGAGCGGCACUACGGCGUCGCCGGCUGUGCCUGCGCCAGUGCCAGAGGUAGCGCAGUCAGUGCCGGUGCCGGUUCCAGUGCCGUCUAUGGGGUCUGCUCUCUCUUCUCUGACGCCCGCACCACAGCCACAGAGAAUAAGAGAGCCCCGAGAUCGAAACAGAUCAGAAGAUAAAGAAAAACAAACAAAUAAACCUAAGGAGCAAGAUAAAGAAGCAUCCAAAGCAAAUGGUCCUGUUUCGGUUGAGAUUAGUUCAGUUGAUAGUAUACGAAAUACUAUCAAACCUCUAACUAGUCAAGUAAAUCAAAACCUAGAAGCAGAUAUACCAAAAAAGCAACCAGAAUUAGAGACUGAGAAAACAAGCGAUAAGAAACCUGAGGUUGUGAUAAACAGAGAGCCUACAUUCCCCGUCAAACCUACCCCCACUGCCACUGAAUUAUUGUCUGCUAGUAUUGAAAAGGUUGCCAAGGAGCAACCACAAGUAGUGCCUGAAGUGUCUCCUAAGAAAGAAGAAUCCAUAACAAUCCAAGCCCAAGCCAAACUAACUCAAAGUAUAGCAAGUGCUGCACGAAAUCAAACUGAAUCUAAAAUGAAAGAUAUUAAUCUGAAUAAUAAGACAGAUCCUGAUACUGCUAAUGGAAAUCCCACUGAAGCUACUAAGGUGGAAGCAGUGAAAGACGAAGGAAACAAAAAUGAAAAAGCAGUAAAGAAUUCUAAAAAUAAUAACAAAAAAUCUAAUAAAAAUGCAAAUGCUGAUGUUGCUCCAAAAGAAACCGAAGCAUAUGAAAAUGGUAAAGAAGAGAUUGAAAAAAUUACAAGCAAACAAGAGAAAGUUGUAGCUCCAGAAGAAGAAACAACUGAAAUCGCUGAAAACUCUGCACCAGCAGCAGUUCCAGAAGCUCAAACACCUGCACCAGUUUCAGCACCUGCACCAGCUGUUUUUGUUCCUAAAUACAAAUACUCUGAUGAUCAAUGGUCUCCACUAAACAAGUCUGGUAAAAAGACUUAUGACAUAGGUUUACUUAUGCAAAUAAAAGAUGAUCCUCUUUGUAAGAACAAACCAAAUGCUCCUUUGUUAGAGGCAUGCAAUGUGAUGCGGACUGCACCAAUUCAAGAGCCAAUGUCAUUUAAUGCAAUUUCGAGACCAAUGAAUGAUGCAGUGUUGUUCCCCAAUUUCCUUAAGAAUUCUAGUGUGGGUAACAGAAACAACGCUCCGAGAGAACACAAAAAAGAUGGCCGAAACUUGCCUCAGAGUGGUAAGAGCAGCGUUAAAUUGACACCAUCAGGUAGUGGAAGCAGUGGUCACAAACCUGUUAUACAUGUGUCACUCUCACUGCGCGAGGAGGUGAAGCUUAACCAGACCAAGGAUGCCUGGAGACCUACAAGGUUCAAGAAGGAAAAUCUCUCUGAGGAGGAGGCCAAGACACAGGAUCUGUACAAGAAGUUCCGUGGUAUUCUUAACAAGCUCACUCCACAAAAAUUCGAUACAUUGCUGGACAGAGUCAAGUCCCUUGAAAUCAAUACACAAGCUCGUCUCGAAGGUGUUAUCGAUUUGGUUUUCGAAAAAGCCAUUGAUGAACCUAAUUUCUCUGAAGCUUAUGCUGCUAUGUGCAGUAAACUUUCCAUGUUGAAGGUUCCUUCAAACAAUGCUCCUGAUCAAUGUGUCAACUUCCGAGCACUGAUUGUCACAAGAUGUCAGAACCAGUUUGUUACGGAUAAAGUGGAUGAACAAGUACUCAAAUUAGAGAAAGAGAUCAGUGAAUGCACUGACCCUACCAAGAAAAAGGAAUUGCAACUUCAACUUGAAGAAGAAAACAGGCGUGUCAGAAUGAGAUCAGUGGGAAAUGUCAGAUUUAUAGGUGAACUGUAUAAACUAAAAAUGCUUACAUCCAAGAUUAUGGUCUACUGCAUGACUUACUUAAUUGACAAACUAGAAGAAGAGAAAUUGGAAUGUCUUUGCAAACUCCUCACUACUAUUGGUGAACAAGUAGAAAGUGAAGUAAAAGAGCAACUAGAAAGUGUCUUCAAGAAGAUGCAAGAUAUUGUUGAUCGUAAAUCAAAUAAAAUAAGCAGCAGAGUGCGGUUCAUGAUUCAAGAUGUGAUUGAGCUUAGAAAACGAAGAUGGUUUGCUAAGAAUGUUGUAGAUUUGCAGCCCAAGAUGAUGGACCAGAUUCAGAAGGAAGCCGAACAGCAACAACGGCAUAUUGAGUUAAUGAAUGCUGCUCCAAUGGGCGGUGGAUUCCGUCGUGAGGACGGAGGCCGCAAUAAACGCGGCGGUCGCCAAGGAUCCAAUUCCUUCAUGGAUAACCAGUGGAAAGCCUCCACUAACUACAAUCGCACCAACUACACUGUUGAUACCUCUAAAUUUAAGGCAGUAACACAGAAGAAUCUUACUGAUAUCAAACUGGCUCCACAUAACUCUGCUUGGAAUCAUGGAUCUGGAACGAAGAACACAGCUCAAGCUAGUAGUAACUCUAUGAUUAGUCUGUCCAAAAAUAUGUACAGCAUGCUUGAAAAUGUGCAAGCAGAUCCCACAUCACUCAGAACAAAAGAUCUCUCUCCUGGUUAUCAACAUUCAAAGUCCAUCGAGCGAUCAACCUUCAAUUCCAGAGACAUAACCAUUAUUGGACAAGGAAACGGCAGUAACAGUCGUUCCGGAUCAGUUGGAGUUACAAGAUCUAACUCUAGCAGCCGAGGCCCAGCCACGCCUGCGCCGCCUCAAGAGAAUACACCAGCCGCUCCUGUCCCACAGGAACCUCUGCCCGAAGCUAAAAAGAAGGCAUUCAAAAUGCUCAUCAUGGACAGAUUUGUCAAUCCCAACGAUGAAGAUUUGGUGUCAGAGAUCAAGCAAACCGUCGCUCCGCAGUAUCAUGCCGCAUUGGUCACGGAGACACUCAAUAUUGCACUAGAAAAAUCAGCAAAGGAGAUUCAGAUUAUUUCAAAAACACUACUCCAUUUGGUUUCGACUGGAACUAUAUCAGCUGAGAACUUCGUGACUGGAAUCAGUGAGAUUUUGGAAUUCGCAUCCGAUCUUUACAUUGAUAUCCCAAUGUUAUAUGAGUACUUAGGGAAGAUUAUAGUACCACAAAUUGAAAAGAAGCAUAUCACAUUUGUACAAACAUUUAGAUUAUCUGAAAACAUAAUACAAUCCAAGCACGGCCACUUGUUCUUAAAAGCAAUAAUAAGAGACUUAAAAGAUAGUAUGGGACCUUCUUUCGUAAAAACGAAAUGGCAAGAAUCUGGUCUUGAACUGAAGCAAUGGAUGAGUGAAGAUCAGGUACCAAAAUGGCUAGAAGAUAAUAAAUUUGAAUUCUUGGAGGGCGGUAAGUCCAGUGAAGAGACGAAAAAGAUUCUUACGCCACAAGAAACGCAACGCAUAUUAUUGCAGCUUAUAAUUAACGACGAGAAUUGUGAUUGUAUACGAGGAUGGGUUCAGGAUAAUCUGGGGGCGUCAGCUAAUGAAGACUGGUUUAUGCGUGCUUUAAUACAACCAAUUUGCGAGUACGCAUUAUAUGGAGCCGAAGGACGAGACGUACCUCACUUUAGCCAUGAACGUAUGAACAAAUACGUUCCGCUCAUAAGCGAGUUUGGUGAAUCGCGUGAACAACGUGAACUUUACUGUUUAUUCGGAAUACAGCAAUUUAUACAUAGACUGGAACACCCUCAAGGGCUAACAUUAGAUAUAUUCCAAUAUUUACACGAACAAUAUAUAAUAUCUGUAGAAGGUUUUAUUGCAUGGGAAGAAUCUGAGAUGGAGCCGGAAGGCAAGGCGGUGAUGCUUAAGGCGCUCACGUCAUUCUUCACAAAUAUUAAGGAGGCGGAGGCCGACAACGAGGAAUCUGGUAGCGAGGAAUGA